GGUGCGGCGCCGCGGGCUGGCCCGGCAGCGAUGGAGGGACGGGGGGAUGGAGGGGCGGAGGCGGGGGGACAGCGCUGUCCCCGCCCUGGGGCUGCCCAGCUGCUCCUGGCACGGCUGCCAGCCCCGGUCCCUGUCCCUGUCCCUGUCCCUCGGCCGGGGGCUCCGCGGGGUCGGAGCAGCCGGCAGGCAUCCCCGGGCUCCAUCCCCGCCCUGGCUGAGCCAUUUAAACAUUCCAGCUCGGGCUUCUUCUGCCCCGUGCUUUGACGGAGUCUUUCGUGGUGCUUUAUUUCCACCCCAGGAAGAAGCUAAUACGUGCUGCUUCAGCUGUUCUCCGGGCUUGUCCUCUGCCAGUUGUUUAUGUAGCGCCGGCUGAAGGCAUCAGCUGGGAAACACAGUGCAGCAAGAAGACAGGUUUGAGUCUCUCCGGGCUGUGCACGGCCCUGAUCCUGUGUGUGAAUUGGGGUUAUCAGCAGGAGUUUGUCCUGAGAAAACUCCAGUAACCAGUCUUCUUGAGAGCAGUAGAGGAGAAGGGUGCACUGACAAUGGCUGCAGAGUUGGAUUUCUCCCCCCCUGAGAUCCCUGAGCCCACGUUCAUGGAGAACGUGCUGCGCUAUGGGCUCUUCUUUGGAGCCAUUUUCCAGCUGAUCUGUGUGCUUGCCAUCAUCCUGCCCGUGUCCAAGUCCCACAAGACAGACUCAGACAGUUUUGAGCCUAAGAAUUCAGAGCCAGUGAAGAAGCCAAAGGCAGCUGCUCCACAGAUAAGCAAGAAACCCAAGAAGGAAACCAAAAAGAAGCGAUAGAGGUGUGACUGAUGAGCCUCCCAAGACCAACCAACCACCUGUAAUCGUGCUUCCUCAGAGACAGCAUCAAAGGCAACUAACUCUCUUAAUGGUUUUCUGGCAUUGCCAUCUUUUACUUUUCAGGGGCAAGGGAGAAGAAACUUAGAAGAGUGGAAGGGUUGGGGUUGUGCCAUAGAUUUCUUACAAGCAAAGAGAACUUCACAUAUCCAGGACUUCAUUUGACUUGAUUAAUGCGUCAGUCACCAUUAAAGUGACCUCUUCCAGUUCUGGUGGGUAGAGAGGGCUGUUGGCCUGGCUCCUCCAUGCUGGCUGGGGUUUGUAGUGAAGUCCCUGUGGAAAGUGGAGCAUGAGUUUGCUGCUUUGGAUACCGGUUUGUGUUGUGUUUUUUGAAGGCAGAGGGAUCAAAUGGAUCAAGAAUGCCACACUACACAGCUUUGUAUUCAUCUCUGUUGUCAUCUAGUCUGAAAUACAUAGCUGCAUUUUAUGGCUUAAUCAUAAUGCCUUUGUCAUAUUCUUUAAUUCUUCAGGUAAUAACUCACCAGAUUCCAGACUGCUGGAGAUGAAAGCUUUCAUUUCCCCAGCGUCGCUGCCUCUUGUUCCCCACCCAUGCACUCUUCCUUUCUAUUCCCACCUUUGAAAGCAGGUACAUUUCAGGGAACUGAGGCUGUGCUGGGGAUUGCAAUGACUACAAGAAUCAGGAAACAAUUUGACUCUGGAAAGUGCAGAAUUUAAUGCCUGUGCUAGAGGAGUUGUUCUUGGAGACUUGGGAAGAGCAGGCGCUGCGUGCUGGAGAAGAGCUGCUGAGCUGGGAGCGUGGGGCACUGCUGGUGUGUCAGCCUGCACUGCCUCUCUGUGCCAUGGAUAAACCCUCCUGCCAGCUGGCUGAGCCCUGACCACGGGCCCUCUUUCAGCACAGCUGGGCACCGUUGCCCUUGCAGAUCCCCUCCCAGCCCUGCCUGCCACAGGCUGCUCCAUCUCCUCUGGCUGAACUCCUCCCGAGGGUGAAUACGUUCCCAGCCUGAGGAGAUGAGGUAUUUUAAGAUCCGAGGGGUGGCAGGCCAGCUGUGUACCAUGACUGUAUGUCAGGAGACACAGACACUGUGUUCCUUCAGGCUCUGGCUCUCCAGGCCCAGGGACAAUCCAGGAUUGGAUUUAAAUAUGGCCAGACAGGACUGGAAGGAGAUAGGUGGUGACGUAGCCACGGAGUCUCUGUAGAGCAGCUCAGGCUUCCUGAUGCCAGCUCACAUCUUGGUUUGUUUGAUCAGGAGUGAGUCAAUGGGAGGAGAACCUGCUCUCUGAGGCGCACCCAGGGUUCAGAGCGGCUUUGAAGGAAGGGUUCUCCCUGGCAGGGCUGCAAGUCUGUGAUCCUCUGUGCGUACACAGACUCCCAUCCCCGAGUGACAAAUGCCUGGUGAGCCCAGGUGUGUGUUCUGUGACAGCAGGUGAGCAGCACGUUUACAGAAACCAUCAGUGCUGAGAGCAGCCAUGUCCCCUGCUCGCUCUUGCUGCUGGUAGGGGUGACAGAUGGGUCCCAGAACCAGUGUGGCUCUGACUUCCCUGCUCCAGGCUCUCUGAUGCUCUUAGCCAGAAUGCUGGCACCAAGUUGCACUUCUUAAAAUCCAGCUUGGAGUUCUGCUUUAAAUUCUGCUUUUUAAAUUUUUUUUUUUUGAGCUACAUGAAGGCAGUACCAGGAGGAUAGAACAAAGCCUAGGAGACACAAGCACUCUAAAGUUGCUUUAAGUUCUCAGUACAAAGAAACAUUGCAAGAAGUUCCCACGCAAAUAACAAAGAACAGUGUUGUGCCAUGAGUUUCCAUGAUGGACCUGUGCUCUGUCUCUGAUCUGCAGGGCAGAGAAAAGCCCUGAGUAGGUAGUGCAGAUCACUCUUUCCAUUUUAAUACAUGAGAAUGGUUUUAUGUAAAUUCCAGCUUUCUGCAGGUUACCUGCAGCAGGGAGUUAAUGCUUUAAGGGAAUCACAGGACACAUGUAAUCCAAAAUACAGAGUCACUUCUGCAGCUCAGAGCCAGUUAGCACUGCGUGGCUGUUACCUGAAAUAGCAGCUGCUACAUCAAUGUCCACAUCCAGCUGUUUGCAGGCUGGCUCACUCAUUGCUCAGUAGAAAUCAUGGAUGUUGGGGUUUGGUUUUAUUGGGGGGAAGAGGGAUGAAGAUAAAUUCCCCAGUCUGUUCCUGACAGCUUUAUACCUAUUUGAAUGCUCUUGUUUGCUGAACUUAGUGUAUGUAGAGAUUACCAGUAACCCAUGUAUUUUAGUUUAUCCUGAAAUGUGUAAUAAAUGCCAUCAGAAUCUUUGUUAUAAAAGAAA